GAGUGUGUCCCCACGCGGUUGUGAGUGUGAUACCGGUGCGGUGGUCAGCGAGCGCGAUGCCCAAGGCCAAGGGCAAGACCAGGAGGCAGAAGUUCGGUUACAACGUCAACCGAAAGCGUCUGAACCGGAAUGCCCGUCGGAAAGCGGCGCCACGGAUCGAGUGCUCUCACAUCCGACAUGCCUGGGACCAUACCAAGUCGGUGCGGCAGAACCUGGCCGAGAUGGGCUUGGCCAUGGACCCCAACAAGGCGGUGCCCUUCCGCAAGAGACAGAUGAAGGCCAUGGCAGUGGAUGGUGAGAUGAGGCCCCAGGAGCUUGUACGGAAGCCGUACGUGCUGAAUGAGCUGGAGGCAGAAGCCAGCCUCCCAGAGAAAAAGGGAAAUACGCUCUCUCGGGACCUCAUAGACUACGUGCGCUACAUGGUGGAGAACCACGGGGAGGACUACAAGGCCAUGGCCCGGGAUGAGAAAAAUUACUAUCAGGACACCCCAAAGCAGAUUCGGAACAAGAUCAACGUCUAUAAACGUUUUUACCCAGAGGAGUGGCAAGCCUUCGUUGAUUCCUUGCCGAAGAAGAUGGACACUGAGUGACUGCUUUACACCUGCCCCUGGGCCGGGGUUUCUUGCUGGCCCGGUGAUGCCGGAGUAAGGCCAUCGGGGAACGGUGUGCAGGUUUGGAUGCGGCUGCCACAGCCCGUGGAAUCUGAGGGACACACACACAUGGACACACACACAUAAUUUCUUCUGGGAAAGGAGCUGUUCUCAAAGGCUCCAGUUUGUUCUGGUACUCACGGGAAAGCCAGGAGAGCCGCUUUCAGAGUGGGUGGUUUGAGUGUAGUCUGUCUCAUAAUAAAACAAGGACCUUGACUUUGCUGAUGGUUUUCUACUUGUCCCUGUCAGCCAAGCCCUGUGGCUCCCCUGCAUGGCAGAGGCCAUCUAGUCGUGCCAGCAGGUGUCGCUUCUAUUGACUCUUCUACAAAGCGUGCCAGAACCUGGCCGCUGGCCAGGGGGCUGCCAGAGGGUGAGGAGGGUGACCCACUGAGUGCUCUCCAUGCAGCCUGCCACCUCUGCUUCGUGCCGCCUGAGGUGGGGCUGAGGCCCUCCUUGCCUCCUUCCUCUGGGACUCGUGGGCUGCUGGGUGUCACCCUGGUGUGUCCUGAGCCCUGAGCUCCACAUAGCAUGGCUGUCCUUCUGGGGAGCAGUAUUACAGGCAGGGUGCACAGUAGGCAUUUUAUCCCUGAAAUGGUUACACAAAAACCCUGUUCUGGGGCCAGCACUACGGCUCAACAGGUUAAGCUGCCGCCUAUCACACCAACAUCCUGCAUGGAUGGCUGCUCCACUUCUGAUCCAGCUCUCUGCUAAUGGCCUGGGAAAGCUGCAGAGAAUGGUCCAAGUGCCUGAGCUGUGUGCCCGCAUAGGAAACCCAGAAGAAGCUCUUGGUUCCUGGCUCCGGUUUGAUCUGAUCUUGGCCAUUGUGGCCAGCUGGGAAGUGAGCCAGCAAAUGGAAGAUCUUUUUAUUUCCUGUAAGUGUUUCAAAUAAAGUCUUUAUAUAAAAA